AAAUAAUAAGUAACAAUGAUGCAUCACCACAAGCUUGAACUCGAUUUCAACGAUGCCACAUCAGCAAUUAUCACUUGGAUGUCUAAUCGUAAGUUCUAAUCUAGGGGAGAUAAGCUAGAAGUGAAAUGUAGCCAGGAAAUCCUUCAUAAAAACUUAGGGGCUGGAAGCCAGUCUAGUGUGACCCGUUUUAUAUUCAAACUUCUGUUUAUCAUAUGUUACGCAUUAAUGGGUAGAUCUUGCCAUUACCACGGAAUUAGAUAAGAUCGAAGUCCGUGCCGUUACUAUAUAUAUAUACCGGACAAAACUUUUCAGAAGGAAUAUAUACAAGGACAUUUCAAGAUUACAUAUUGUUCACUCAGACACACAUCUGUGCGUUACAAGAUCUAGAGGUCACAGAUAUAGAACACAAUCACAGCCCUAAAAAUAUGAGUUCACAUGAAGUAUUCGAUACAUAUCCAACUCGGUGAUAAACACACCCAGCUAGCAGUGCACUGGACCGUAAAUACGUAAGCAUGGUUGUACUGUGAUAGGCUACUUUUACAAGUAGAUUGGAGUGUUAUGCUACUUUCCCACAAUCACGACCUUUAUCAGGACCUCAACACGACCACACUAGACAACCACCGAUCACAUACAUGUACGACUGAUCACGAUCCUGUUCCCGACCGCAAUAUUAAUGCGACUGAGCGCGGCUGCCUAGAUAUGCUCAAGUCGUGCCUGGUCUUGACCAAGAUCGUCUAUGUGGGAAAGUAGCUUAAGUGUAAAUGGAUAGGAAGAAGUUUCUCUUAAGCACAGAACGUCAGCGCAUACACAUCUGAGACAACAACAGACUGCCAGCAUACCAAGGAUGCCUCGUCGCGUGUGUGUGCUGGGUGCUGGGGUGAUAGGACUGUCGUCUGCUGUGUGUAUCCAGGAGCUCGUGCCAGAUGCUGACGUAACAGUGGUGGCUGAUACAUUUACCCCGCACACGCUGUCCGACAAUUGUGCUGGCUUCUGGAUGCCAUACCUGAUUGACCCAUCAAAUACAAACGUCCUCCGAUGGUGUGGUGAUACGUUCGAAUACCUUAAAAGGCUUGGUCAUUCCGAGCUAGCUGGUGACAUUGGGAUACAGUUUGUGUCUGGAUACUACUUUGUGAGGGAGUCAGCUUAUACAGGCAAGGAACCUCCAUGGAAAGACCAAGUAAUAGGUUUCCGACAGCUGACACCAGAGGAGCUCAACAUAUGCCCUAAUGCCAGAGAUGGGUAUUUCUUUACGACAAUAAUAAUGGAUGUUAAGCGUUUCCUUCCUUGGCUCACAAAGAGGAUACUCGAUAAAGGUGGAAAGUUAAGGAAUAAAAAAAUCCAAAACAUGGAUGAGCUAACAGAAGAAUAUGACAUUGUCGUGAACUGCUCUGGGAUGGGUGCUAACCAACUAUGCAAUGAUUCACGGCUCCACCCGCUCAGAGGUCAAGUAAUAAAGGUAGCUGCUCCCUGGGUUAAACAUUUUUACAUGAACCCAGAUCCUACAGAUGACCACAAAGAAGUAUACAUACUUCCAGGGCCGGAUACUGUCACCAUUGGUGGUACAGGGCAAUUUGAUGACUGGAACACUAGCGUAGAUGGGCAAGAUAAACAGAGGAUUGUGGAGGACGUGUGCAAACUCGUGCCAAGUCUAAGGACGGCGAAACGGUUACAAGACUGGGUCGGUUUACGACCGUUGCGGUCACCUGUGCGUUUGGAGGCCGAGGAAAAGCUAAGCAAGUCUGGGAGAAAAACGGUGAUUCACAAUUACGGACACAGCGGGUCCGGCGUGACCUUCCACUGGGGAUGUGCCAAGGACACUGCUCAUCUAGUUAAACAAGCAUUUGAGACACAUCAAGUCACAUCGAGACUGUGAAGUGAGAAUUAUACCUCCUAACUAAAAAGGCGAACAUUGUAUUUCUUGCAAAUUUUCACGAAUCAUGUUUUUGUGGUAAAGUAUCGUAUUAAGUAACUAUAUUCUAUGUCGAUAGGUUUGAAGUGAAGUUGUUUUCACAUUCUCAUAACGCAGGAUAAACAAUGGUUUAAACAGCAACACUUUUUACGUUGGUUCCGAUGAAAAAUUAAACAGUUGGUAAGAUGCAUUUAACCUUGUUUCAGGGAUAAGCUAUUAUAUCCGCUACUAAAACUUUUGUAGAUAGAGUUUUAUCGAUUUUGUAAUACAAUCAGCAGUGCUACGGGAUUCGCAAAUGUAAAAAAUAUAACUUUUCUAAUUAAGUAUCAAUGAUGUGGAAGACGGAUUAAAAUACAUGGAAACUGCAAAAUAUGUAUGGUUUUCACAAUUUCUAAAA